AUGUCACUGUUUUCUGCACAGAAGCUUGAACACAUCUUGAAGCAGACAGAGGGCUUUAGCCCUGAGGCUUUCAAAGCUAACGCACGCUUGCUUUCAGAAGACCUGGAGCGAUACCUGCAGAAGUUGAAAAGAGAUGGGACGCUGAAGAGCUGCAUAGAAGACCCUAAUGGGGUUUUACUGGACACGGCUUUGGAAGACUCAGUGGCCCAAGUGAAGGAAUACAGUGCCAGCUACACCCGCGCCUCCGAGUUCCCAGAGCCUCGGCCCGGUGUCUCCCGGAAGAAGCGGGUGUACGUGAAGCUGGUGCCGCCGGAGGCCGCCGGGACGGCCCUGCUCGCCCUCCAGCUGAGCCACAAGAGCAGAGCCCUCCCCCAGCACCUGAGAAUAGGGGAAAUUGGGAAUUUCGCCCUCUGGUGUAAAAAAGGGCCAGUUCUGCACUCCAGGCCCCAGCCCGUCCCCAGCCCGCGGACGAUCAGCGCCGGCCUGAAGCAGCUCUCGCUCCAGGCCCCUGACUCAGACCCCAGGUCACCCAGUGCUCGCUCCAGCGUCAGACACGAAGCUCUCUACGACACUGCCAACAUCUACGGCCUCUCGGCCAUGGAUGGAGUGCCUUUCACCCUACACCCCAAAUUCGAAAGCAAGCUCAGUUCUGGCAGCAACGCUGUCCUUGCUGACCUGAAUGUGAAGUCACUUGCUGACAUCGAGGAGGAAUACAAUUACGCUUUUGUAGUUGAAAGGACAGCAGCUGCCAGGCUCCCGCCUGGUGUUUGUUAGUGCUGGAUCUACCUUGAGGAUGUAAACUGCAGCGGGGCCAAGCUCCUCUCUCUCUCUGAUUAAACUGCAGUCGAUGCCUGACUGCAGGAGCUGCUUAAGGAGAAAAUAAACAUGUUUCUCUUCUCACCUGC